UUCGUGACCAAAAAGAAUAAAACACGUUAAACUUGACGUGGACUAAAGUAGCUGGCUCACUUUUGCUAAAUAAAAAUGUACUAGACGUUCUAAAUAUUUAACCAUUUAAAAAGAAGAAAUACACGAGAAAUCGAUACUGGAUGUAAAUUUGUGAAAGAACAUGGCCCUGGUUAUUAAAAUGUUGAGUGCUGUGUGUCUGGUGUUGUUACCGUUACUUGUAAGUCACAAUGUUGAUGCCGCAGCAGUGAUAUCUAUUGAUCUCGGCUCAGAAUGGAUGAAGAUCGGCAUAGUGUCUCCCGGGGUACCUAUGGAGAUCGUCCUCAAUAAGGAGUCAAAACGAAAAACCCCGGCGGUGGUAGCGUUCAGAGAUGACGUGAGAACGUUCGGGGAGGACGCCGUCACAGUUGGAGUGAGGUUCCCGAAGAAUUCAUACAAAUAUCUGUUGGAUCUUCUGGGAAAGCCAUAUGAUCAUCCACUUGUGCAAUCUUAUAAAGACAUAUUCCCCUACUAUGAGAUUGUGCCAACGGACAGAGGCACACCUGAGUUUGUCCAUGAUGACGAAACUAGGUACACACCUGAGGAACUGGUGGGGCAACUGCUGGCUAAGGCGAAGGACUUCGCUGAAAUCAGCCAUGGUCAACCAAUAACAGAAUGUGUGAUCACCAUACCUGGCUACUUCAACCAAGCAGAGCGCCGCGCUAUGAAGGAGGCGGCCUCUCUCGCUGGGCUUAAUGUGCUGCAGCUGAUCAAUGAUUACACAGCCAUUGCUAUCAACUAUGGGAUAUUUAGGAGGAAGGAAAUAAAUGAAACAGCCUGGUAUGCUCUAUUCUUUGAUAUGGGUGCAGUCUCCACUAAGGCAGCUCUGGUUGAGUACAAGACUGUCAAGAUAAAGGAGAAGGGCUAUGUUGAGACUGUGCCGCAGUUGCAGGUUAUUGGAGUUGGUUAUGACAGGACACUUGGCGGUUUGGAAAUGACAUUACGUUUGCGGGAACACCUCAUAAAAGCGUGGGAAGCGAACGGCGGCGGGGACGUCAGGGCUUCGCCCCGCGCUAUGGAGAAACUGUUGCGGGAGGCCGAACGGUUGAAGAUAGUUCUGUCCGCUAACACUGAACAUUACGCACAGAUUGAGAGCUUGCUUGAUGAUAAGGAUUUCAAACAUUUGGUCAGCCGAGUAGAGCUGGAAGCUCUAUGUGCUGAUCUCUGGCCACGUGUCUCGGGCGUCAUCCAACGCGCCAUAGCCGCGGCGUCCGGCUCCGGUACCGGAGCUCGACUUAUAGUGGCCGGCGGCGCCUCCCGCGUACCAGCGGUACAGGAGGCCUUGCGCUCGGCCGCCGGGCUUGAGCUCUCCAGGUCUAUCAACGCUGAUGAGGCGGCUACUCUUGGUGCUGUGUAUAGGGCGGCGUCUCUCGCGACUGGCUACAAGGUGGCAGCACUGAACGUUCGCGACGCAGUCGUCUUGCCCAUUCAAGUUGUAUUCACUCGGCACGUCGACGGCAACGACAGACUGAUUAAGCGAACACUUUUUGGACCCAUGAACCCCUACCCACAGAAAAAGGUUAUCACUUUCAACAAACACACAGAAGAUUUCACUUUCGCAGUCAACUAUGCGGAGUUAGACCACAUACCAUCAAAUGAAUUGAAGAAUAUCGGCACAUUGAAUUUAACACAAGUUUCUCUAAGCGGCGUGAGUGACACCUUAGCAAAGAAUACUGGCGAUAACAUAGAACAUAAAGGCAUUAAGGCACACUUUAACUUAGAUGAUUCUGGUAUACUUAACUUGGCUAAUGUCGAAUUUGUCGCCGAAAAAACUGUAACGGACGAAGAGGGUGCUGAUGAUAGUACAUUGUCUAAAAUAGGAAGCACUAUUAGCAAGUUGUUUGGAUCCGAUGCAGAGACUCCGGAGAAACUUGGAGAAGAACCAGAGGAAAAGCCUCAAGCGCCACUGAAGAAUGAUACUGUAAAAUCCAAUGAAACAGCAUCCGAUAAAAAUGCCACAGAUUCAGAAAGCAAACCUAAACCAAAAGUAGUUGUUUUGAAAGAGCCUAUCAAAACAGACGAAAUUAUUUUGAAUGUGCAACCAUUAUCACCAGAAGAAUUCAAGACGUCUAAAGCGAAGAUUACAAAGUUGAAUAAUAUAGACAAAAAACGCAUUGAGAGAGAAACGGCUUUGAAUAAUUUGGAAGCGUUUGUCGUUGAUGUUCAAAUGAAAGUAGAUAUGGAGGAAUACGCCGAAUGUGGUACUCCUGAAUUAAUAGAGGAAAUUAAAAAGAUAUGUUCUGAGACAUCUGAAUGGCUCUACGAUGAUGGAUACGAUGCUCCAACUGAAAAGUUUGAAGAAAAACUAAACAUGUUGAAAGAGAAGACCAAUUCGAUAUUUUACAAACACUGGGAACACAGAGAGAGGCCAGAUGCAGUUGCCGCUAUACAGAAGCUUUUGAAUAGUUCACAAGAGUUUCUUAAAAUGGCCAAAAACUUUACUAAAGAAGCAAAUUCAGAUAAAGAUGUUUUCACUGAAAUUGAGAUAACCAUGCUCGAUGUCAAGAUCGAGGAAACUAAAAUAUGGUUGGAAGAGGCACUCAAGGAGCAGAAUGCUUUAAAGAAAAACGAAGACGUCAAACUUACCAUCGACAGCCUUAGAGAGAAAAUAUCGUCUUUAGAUAGAGAAGUAAAGUACUUGUUGAAUAAGAUGAAAAUAUGGAAACCAAAGAAACCAGUUAAAACGGAAAGCGAUAACAAAACGGAGACGGUUAUUGAACCUGAGAAAACUGAAAAUCAAGAAGAAAAACCGGACGCUCAAGAGAAACCGGUAGUCGAAGCUGAGGCGGAAAAAGUUAUAGGAGAAGAGACAGCGGAAAAAGAUACAGGAGGGGAGGAAACAGAAAUCCCACAAAUAGGCGACGGGAACAAUGAAGGUGAACAUUCCGAGUUAUAAUGGUAAUGUGUAUAAGUUAAUUUAUUUAGUCUAAUUUGUUUUUUUACUCUGAUACUUCUACUGUAGGGGAGUGGUGUGUUCUCUUUUUGUACUGAAUUUAACUAAAGCACAACGUAAUACGGUGGUUCCUUCACAUGUUGUAUCUACCAUUUAUUGAUUAGUGACUUCUUAUACUGAAGCUAUGUGUUGAGGCUUAACUUAAUUACAUAAUAAGUUUUAUUAUCUACAGUGUAAGUUUGUAUUUGUGUGUAUCUAUAUUUAUUCUGUUAGGACAGCAAUCCUAUCGAUUCUCGAAGAAGUAUGCAACAAAAGUUCGAUAUUAUUAAAAUAAUAAAAAAAAAAUUAAACAAAUUCUUAGUUUAAUUUUUUUUUAUUAUUUGUUUUUGUUCUGCUUCAUUCAUUUAGCAUUGCUUCAUUGUCCAAAAGAUGUUGUCCUAACAGCAUACAUACUUAUUUAGAAUUUCAUGUGCUCUCACUUUAAAUAUACUAUAGUUAGUUUAUACUUAGGCUAUUGUGAUGAAUUAGUGCAAAAAGCGAACGCGUCUUAAGUCUUUAAAACUCACGAACGGGUCGCUCUUACCUAAAUCUACCAAUUUUAGCACGAAAUUCAACAUACUGGAUUUUUAUUAAUGCAAAAUUAUUAUUAUGAAUUUUAUGAAUUAAAAUAAUAAAAGUUAAUUUAUCUGUAAUUCACCACUAAGAUAAAUCAGUUACGAAAAACUAACUUUACCUUCAGUCACAAUCCUAAAAUAGAAAAUUGGUAGGAUUUCCAUACUUAAAAGGUGCUGGGAAGAUUUUUUUUUUUUUUAUUAAAUAUUGUUAUAUGAAUUUGUAUUGUUUACUACAGCGGCCCCUGAUUUUGAAUAAUUUUACAGUGACCUCUGUAAACGAUGAACUCGCGAGAUUACGGUAUAAAUAUUUAUUGUUGUAAAAUUUGUAUGUGAUAAUUUAAUAUGUUAAACUGUAGUUUUGAAAAGUGGAUGUUAUUAUGUUUCUCUGAUACUGACUGUGGCCGCGGUUUAGCUAUUAUACAGUUAACUUGUGUAUUGUGUCGUUUAAAAUCUCAAUUUUAAUGCAUCUAUGACAAAGUAUAUCAGAGAUGCGGCAUGAAAAGCAUGCAAGCAUAUGUUAGACAUACCAUAGUAUGUAAUCACAUAAAAAUGUUAUCAUCAUAAUAUCAGUGUAAUUUCAUACAGUGGUGGCACGAAAAAAACAACUUGUUCUAGUGAAUACCUAAACUUAUGACGUGCAAUUUAAUCUUUAAGUAAUCUUAUAUAAUUAUUGUUGAAAUUGGCAACUGUUAUUUUUUUUUGUUACUUCGUCAUGUAUCAUUUAAAUGUAUUGUCGGAUUCUAUCCUUAGACAAAAAGUGAUUUUGUAGGACUGUUUGAUCGUUCUGUAUUGAUUAUAUUUAUAUACAUGCAUCACUUACGGGACGUAUUAAACAUAAAAGUACGUAUUGACGGCCUACUUUUUCUAUAAAUAGUAGUCAUGAUAUGUAGUAGUUACGAGUAUGUUAUCAAACUGUAUGAUUGCUAAACGGUGCUACAGUGAUUUUAAUUAUUGAUUAAAAAUACAUAACCUGUAUUGAAUUUAUUAGUAUUAUUAAACAUCGUUUAUGUAGUUGUGUCAGAGAGACGGUCUGUCUGGAGCCAAUGUGAAUAUGUAAGUGAGACGUCAAUACCCAGUCGCAAACGAUGAAAAAAAUAAAUUAUUAAAUUAAAAUUAA